GAGAAGCUGAAGCGGCGGCUGCAGGCGCGGCUGGAGAUGGCACGAUUCCUGCAGGGCACGGUGGGCGAGAUGGCCAAGGAGGUGAAGAGCCGCCGGUCGGGCGAGGUCAAGCGCACGGCGGAGGAGCUGCAGAAGUUCAUGAAGAAGGUGAACACGGGAGGGCGCGUGACGAAUGAGGAGAUUGUGGCGUUUGCGUCGCUCUUCAAUGAUGAGCUCACACUCGAUAACAUGUCCAGGCCUCGUCUGGUUAGCAUGUGCAAGUACAUGGGUCUGCAGACUUUCGGCACAGACGCCUAUCUGCGCUACAUCCUGCGCGCCAAGCUUGCCUGGAUCAAGGAGGACGACAAGAUGAUUCAGAGUGAGGGCGUGGAGUCUCUGUCAGAAGGGGAGCUGAGGGCAGCGUGCAGGGAGAGGGGCAUGCUGGGGCUGCGCUCUGUGGACGACAUGAGGAAGCAGCUGCGGGACUGGUUGGACCUGGCUCUCAACCGCUCCGUGCCUUCCUCCCUUCUCAUCCUCUCAAGGGCGUUCCUGGUGGGCAGCAAGCGGCCGGAGGAGGCAGUGCAGGCGACGCUCUCGUCGCUGCCAGCGGAGGUGGUGCGGUCUGUGGGCGCCACCGUGCCCAGCGACGACGAGGCAGAGACGUCUGCACGCCUGCUCAAGCUCAAGCUCAUCAAGGAGCAGGAGCGGCUCAUUGAGGAGGAGGCACAGGAGGCAGCACGGCUGCAGCUAGCAGGAGGGCGAGACCUUGCCAGAGAGGAGAUGCGCGAGGCGCUUCCCACCCCAGCAGCCGCCACCACCACCACUACCACCGCUGCUGCUGCAGCAGCGCCCGCUGCUGGCAUGGCGGGAGAAGGAGCAGGGGCAGCGGCAGUGGAACGGGCUGCGGUGGAGGGCGAGGAGGCGCGGGCGCUGGCAGAGCGCAAAGCCCUGGCGAAGAAGGACCAGCUGUGCGACCUCAGUGCUGCUCUCGCUGUGCUCGCCUCCAGCUCCUCGGUUGCAAAGGAGCGAGCUGACUUCCUGCGCCUAGUGAACAAGGAGAUCGAGCUGUACAACAGCAUGGUGCAGCAGCACGGCACAGAGGGCGCGGAGGAGCUGCGGGUGGCGUAUGCCGCAGCGAGGGAGGCGAGUGAGAAGGAGGCAAGCGAGGCUGCUGCUUCUGAUGUGUCUGACGCACUCAUUUCCAAGGUGGACUCAAUGCUGCACAAGCUUGAGAAGGAGUUGGACAGUGCAGACGCCAAGAUAGGCAAGCGACUCAAGACACUUGACACUGACUAUGACGGCAAGGUGAGCCCAGAGGAGGUGGGGGCGGCAGCAGCGCUACUGAGGGACAGCCUGGGGCAGGAGGGGCUGGAGGAGCUCAUCAGCAACCUCGCCAAGGACGCAGAUGGGAAGAUCUUAGUGGAGGAUAUUGUGAAGCUUGGAGCACAUGCGCAGGCGUCCAUGGAUAGAGAUGAUGACGUGGACAGUGAAGUGCAGGGAGGCAUCAAGGGCAGCACUGUCGGCAGCAGUGGCAGUGGUUCGCCUGCCAUGGCUGCCGUCACCUCAUCCUCCAUCAGCACCCGUGCCGCGUCGACUGUCAUUUCGACCGCCCAAGCGUCGGAUCGCAAAGAUCGCCAAGCGGCUGCGCGAGCCUGUCUAGCAGCUGGUCGGAGCUUCGCUGGCCGCGAGCUCUCUCGGCGCUACUCCCCGCUGACCUGCAAGCCCGCGCAACGGCCGUUCAGAAUGCGCGUGAGCGCAGCGUCGGCGGAAGCGGAGGCGGCAGCAGCGGAGGCGGGGAAGUUCAUUCCCGCCGCGCCCAUCCUGCUGCCCGAGGGGCCCUGGAAAGAGGUGGAGGGGGGGGUGGUGGCGGCUAAGGGCUUCAAGGCGUACGGCAAGUACGCGGCGCUGAGAGCAGCGGGGCAGAAGCCAGACCUUUCUCUCGUGCUCGCGGACAGUGACGCCACCGUUGCAGCGGCGUUCACCCAGAACGUGGUGGCGGCAGCGCCAGUGCUCUACUGCAAGAAGGCGCUGCAGGCGACCAGCACGGCUCGAGCAGUGAUAGCUAAUGCAGGGCAGGCGAACGCAGCAACGGGAGAUGCUGGCUACGCGGAUACCGUCGAGUGCGCUGAGUCCCUGGCCAAGCUGCUGGGUGUGUCAGCAGAGUCAGUGCUGGUGCAGUCAACAGGGGUCAUCGGGCAGCGCAUCAAGAAGGCUCCUCUUAUCGACGCUCUCCCCUCUCUGGUUGAAUCUGCAUCGUCCACUCCUGAAGCUGGGCUGGCAGCAGCAGUGGCCAUCACCACCACGGACCUGGUCAGCAAGAGCGUUGCCAUAGAGACACAGAUCGGGUCUACCACGGUGCGGCUGGGAGGCAUGGCCAAGGGGUCAGGCAUGAUUCACCCCAACAUGGCCACCAUGCUCGGGGUGGUGACAUGCGAUGCAGCAGUGGCGCCGGACCUGUGGAAGCACGUGGUGCUCACCGCCGUGCAGCGCAGCUUCAACCAGAUCACCGUGGAUGGGGACACAAGCACCAAUGACUGUGUGAUCGCGCUGGCAAGCGGCAAGGCAGGGGGCGCUGUGAUUGCAGACAGUGCAUCAGAGGAGGGCAGGCAGCUGCAGGCCGCCAUGGACGCGGUGUGUCAAGGGUUGGCCAAGGCCAUCGCAUGGGAUGGGGAGGGCGCCACUUGCCUCAUUGAGGUGCAUGUGGCAGGAGCAACGACAGAGGCUGAUGCAGCUGUGGUUGCACGCUCUGUCGCUGCAUCAUCCCUUGCUAAGGCGGCAGUGUAUGGGCGCGAUCCCAACUGGGGGCGCAUAGCGUGUGCAGCGGGGUACGCAGGAGUGCCCUUUGAACCCACGGCUCUGCGCAUUGCUCUCGGUGACAUUCUCCUCAUGGACAAGGGACAGCCGCUGCCAUUCGACAGGAAGGCAGCGAGUGAGUAUCUGAGGGGCAAGGGCGAGGUGCACGGCACAGUGAUCAUCGAUAUCUCGAUUGGGGAUGGUCCGGGGGACAGCAAGGC